ACCACGAGCAGGCUGCAAGGUAGCCGCGUUGAUCUGAGCCUCGUCAUUCACGGGUUUCUUCCUCCACUCUAUACUUACGACUUGACCUUACCAAGCAAGGCACUCUACUGAUCUCGUUAGCAUACGUCUACGAGGUCGUCUUCGAUCCCGAGACUCGUCCUUCUUUUCGGCAAACGUCAGAACAGAGUUCCCCACGCAACCUUCGGGGUAUCAUUUGCAAACAACAAUGAGCGCCGACUCCAUCCCCGAUUUCCUUGCGCAGCAGCGCGAUGAAGCUCCGGAGGAGCUCCAGCAUCUUAUCCUAGGAUUCGAGGAUCUGUGGGAGCGGAAGCUCUGGCACCAGCUGACGAAUGUGGUCGGCGAAUUCUUCUCACAUCCUGGCAGCGCACCUCAGCGUUUAGACUUCUACAAGGUCUUCAUCCUCAAGUUUGCAGAUAAGAUCAAUCAGCUGAAGCUGGUAGACCUGGCCCUGAAAGCGGCAACGGAGUGCGACGAUGACGACGAACGCCUCGAGUUCCUGCAAGGUGUUGCGAAGAAGGUCGACCACCCGAAUUCCCAGGAUGCCUUCGUAUACGCCUCCGUAGCUGUUGCCAGAGUGAAGCUGGAUCUAGAAGACCUUGAUGGUGCCAGGAAGGACCUCGAGUCAGCCGAGAGGAUAUUGGACACCUUCGAUUCCGUCGAGAAGAUCAUACACGCCGCCUUCUAUGACGCAAAUGCCACUUACUAUCAGCGCAAGAUGGAUUUCGCCGCCUACUACCGCAACGCCCUACUCUAUCUCGCCUGCAUCGAUAUCAACUCUUUGACACAAGCAGAGAGUCAUGCCCGCGCCCACCACCUGAGCAUUGCCGCCCUGCUCUCCGACAGCAUCUACAAUUUCGGCGAGCUGCUUCUGCAUCCGAUCCUCGACGCCCUCAAAACGAACAAGCAGCAUGCCUGGCUGCGGGAUCUCCUAUUCGCAUUCAACCGGGGCGACCUUGCCGCCUUUGAUGUCCUCUACGGCAACAUAACCAACACUCCCCUCCUCAACGCGCACGCAAACCACCUCCGCCAGAAGAUCUAUCUGGCUGCUCUGACCGAAGCCAUCUUCCGUCGCCCCCCCCACGACCGCGCCAUGACCUUCGCCGACAUUGCCUCCGAAACGAAGGUCCGCCCCGACGAGAUCGAACAUCUGAUCAUGAGGGCGUUGAGCUUGGGUCUGCUCCGGGGCACCAUCGAUCAAGUGGAUGAGGUGGCGCACAUCACUUGGGUGCAGCCCAAGGUCUUGGACAUGAAGCAGAUCGAAAACAUGCGGCAGAGACUCCUGGACUGGGACUCGAGUGUAAAUCAGCUCGGCAACUGGAUUGAGACAGCGGGCGGAGAUGUGUGGGCAGCAUAACUUGGGAAGGGCGAGGAAUGCGUCUCGUGGUCGGAGUCAGGAGAAGAGCAGGCUGAGACGAUUAGCGCCUAGUGUAGGACCGCUGCAGCUCUUAGACCGUUGACUCUGGCGACCAGAAGCUAUGUACAACAACUUAAGGAGGAUGUUGAAGCGCCAAUGAUGAUCCCCCUUGUUGGUAACCACGUAAAACGGCCAAAGGUCCAUAGCACGAGAGACUUCUUCACAAUAUCCCAAGAGUAACAAAUAAAGGGUUUCAAGACAACUGCAUGCACGUUGGAAAUACGACGACUUGAAAGAAAAGAGGCGGUAUGCCGAUGUGAUAAUUACCAAUACUACCUCAGGA